ACCGCCAGAGUCUGAAGUCUGGUCCAGUUUGGUGGGUAAGAACCACAGAGAACACAUUAGUUGUGUUUCAUUUUUGCGUCAUGAUGAUGUCACUUCCUCUCAACGGGAAGGAAGCGUAAAUGAGUCUCCCCGAGGACGAGCCGGUCCAUGCGUGGUACACAGACCCACACAUGGACCCGAGGAAAGCCGAAAGACAAGAGCGCUCCAAGGACCAGGAGGGUCAGAGGACAACAAGAACCUCGAGUCCAAUGCGGAUUUUCAGGGCAGACCUGAAUCACUUCAAAGAGAAUAUGUUAAACGCCUUCAAGGACUCCAGGUCGACUCUGGAGGACCCAGAAAACACAAGCGCCCUCAGUCUGCUGAAGGAGGACUUGAACCAGUUCAGAGAGGACAUGUCCAGUGUCUUCAGGAGUGCAGACCAUGCAAACACCGACAUAAAAGAGAGCACAGAAGAACAAGCCGGAGAAGACCAGAACCGAAGGUCUGAAGAGCAGAAGGUCCACGAAGACGCCAAGAGGACUAUUUUGAAACCAAGACGGAAAAAACCGGACACCAGGGACAACAACGAUGUCUUGCAGGAGACGACAACAGGAAGUUGUGCCUCGUGGCCAGACUCUGCAGGAGACCACCAUGAAGAAGAAGAAGAAGAAGGACCAUCACAGAGUCUUCCUUCGGACUUUCUGGUACGCAUGCGUUGGCGUGACGGCGCCAGGCAGCCGCUGGACGGAGCCUCGGUCAAAAACUUUGCCUGCUAUUUGACCUUUGACCCCAACACGGCCAACGCCGAGCUGCGCCUGAGCGAGUGCAACAGGAAGGUAACCCGCGUGUGGCCGGACCAGAGACCCGGCGAGCCCUCGGACCGCUUCCUGCGCUGUCCUCAGGUUCUGUGCCGCGAGGGUCUGCUGGACGCGGCGUACUGGGAGGUCCAGUGGAGCGGCGGCGCCGAUGUGGGCGUGGCCUACAACAACAUCUGUCGGGACGGGGACGUGGCCAGCUGCCUGCUGGGCCACAACCGACGCUCCUGGAGUGUGGAAUGUUCCGCAGGAAGUUACCUGGCGUGCCACGACAACAAGAGAGUGGCACAGUGCACACCGCGACCUUUCACCCGCAGAGUGGGCGUGUACUUGGACUGGCCCGCAGGCUCUUUGUCCUUCUAUUGCAUCUCCAAAGAAACCAUGGUCCACAUCCACACCUUCACCUCCACCUUCACAGAACCACUCUACCCCGCCUUCUGGGUGUGGUCUUACCACGGCUCUGUCUCACUUUGUCAGGUGGAACUGGACUGGGAACGUCUUCUGCACUGACCUUCUUAUGUACCAUCUACUGUACACCUCAUAUACCUUAUGUACCAUCUACUGUACACCUUAUAUACCUUAUGUACCAUCUACUGUACACCUUAUAUACCUUAUGUACCAUCUACUGUACACCUUAUAUACCUUAUAUACCAUCUAGUGUACACCUCAU